AUAUGUUAGAUUUUACUCAGGCCAGGCCGAAGCUGCCGACUCACACUUGCGCACUUAAAAAAAAAGCUGAAUGUCAGUUGGAAGAGCCUCAUUCUGGUGGUCAGUGCUAAUUAGCUGUUAGGAACGGUUUGACUUCAGCUCAGUUGUUUUAUUUAGUUAUGAAUACAAAAUAUAUUUUGGUUGAGAUUAUGGCCAGAAGGUUGCUUAGUUCUCCACUGUGUUUGUAAACGAAUGUAUGAUAAUAUAUUUGUAUUUGCUGGUUUAGUAAGGAAAAAGACGAGCUAGUGGAAGUGUAACUGCUUAAUUACAAGCCCUAGGUCCCUAUUUGCUCAUCUACUGCCAUCUGUUCGCUUCAAAUACCAGACAAAAUUAUAUAUGUGUGUGUGUGUGUGUGUGUAUAUAUAUAGAUAGAUAGAUAGAUAUAUUUAUAUAUGUGUGUGUGUGUGUGUGUGUGUGUGUGUGUGUAAUUUCAGAUUAUCAAAUUAACCGGUCAUUUGUUAUGUGUACUUCAGCUAGUGCUAAGCUUCUAACUUAAAGCUAACUGUAAGUUGGAAAAAGGAACCCAUUACUGGUCAUCUGUGUUAUUUAACUGUUAGGAAUGUCGCCAUUUAUUUUUUUAAAUUUGGAUGUGAAUAGAGAAUAUAUUUUAGUUAAGAUUAUGCCCAGGAGCUUGAUUAGUUUCCCACUGUGUUUACAAAUGAAGCUAUGAUAAAAUAUGUUUGUAUUUGCAGUUUUGGCAAGGGGGGAAAUAAAAUCAAGGUAGUGGAUGUCUAAGAGCCUAAUUAAGUAAGGUCCCUAUUUACUGAUCUACUGCCAUCUGUUCGCUUUGAAUCCCAUCCAAAUAAAACUGUAAAAAACAAAAACGAAUGAUAGCUUAAUAAUAUCAUAUUUGAUCAUCAAAUUAACUAUAAUCAUCUGUUAUAUUUACUCAGGCUACGGUUAAGCAAACUUAAAAUAAAGCUAACUGUGUGUUGGAAGGAGCUGGUCCGUGCUAAUUAGUAUUAGAAAAUUAGCAAAAUUUUUAAAAUUUAAUUUGGAAUAAAGAUGAUAUUUUAUUAAGGCUAUGUCCAGUAUCGUGCUUAAUUAUCCACCACAUUUAUAAACAAAGCUAUGAUUAAAAUGUAUUUGCUUGUGUAAUAAGGAAACAUUAAAGCUGGUAGCGGUGUACCACAUCUAUUAUUUGCUGGUUUACCGCCGUCUCUUCUUCUGAGCUAUUUUUUGUAAAUUUUUAAUUUGAUAAGAAUAAAGAAGAUACUUUAGGUAAGGUUAUGUCCAGUAGCUGUUUUAGUUAUUCACUUUACCUAUAGACAAAGCUAUUAAAAAAUAAGGUUUCCAUUUGCAAGUUUAAUGAGUUGAUAAACAAUGUACCAUGUGUAACAGCCUGAUUACAACACGUGUAUGGUCCCAAAUUGCUCAUUUAUUGCCAUCUCCUCUACAGAUCACACCGCAAAUGAACAAAAACCUCCAAAGAAUUUAUUGUGGUCAUCAAUUAGGUUUAUUACAUCUGAAUGGAAGUGGAAAGUAGAAACUUCAUUCUUGUAUUCUUGUUAGUUAUACCCAAAGUAAUUUUGUGAUUUACAUAUAAAUAAAGGUUUUGUCGAGUAGCUGAUGUAGUCUUCACUGUAUAAGCAGGGUUUAAGACUACAAAUAUGUUUGGUAUGCAUGCCAAAAAGUGGCUGUCUGCCAGAAAGUUAUUGCCAAUGUUUCUGUUUGUUAUUUAUGCCUAAUACCUUUACUGAUAUUGCUAAAUAGACUGUAGUCAACAGGAUUUAUGAAGGCUUUACUUAUAAAAUGAAGAAAUUACCUGUUUUGCAAGUAUAUUUAAUACAGAGUUAUUGUACCUUCUAUUGUUCUGCAUUAUAAUCAAUCCAGUCCUUUUUGACUACUUUACAUACCUUUUUAGAACUCCUAUUUUAUAACUUUGUGGUGCCCUCUUGGACAGAUCUCUUUUGGAAAAUACGUUUUUAAUGUAAUUGACAUUUUAUACUUGGAUAAAUAAGGCAUAUGAAAUAGUUACUUUGCCAAAAAACCUAUUGCAGCUUCUACCUUUUGAUAGUCAUUUCUGGCUCAGAAUGACUUGAUAUAAUUCAUGAGACAUAUGUUGGACAGAUUAUAGGCCAACAAAUCAUUUACAACACUUUAAAUACUCACAAUCUUUUUUUUUUUAAAUACUAGAAAUCACUUUUUGGCAUGUCACCGUUUUAAUGAGACAAUUUCAAGCUGGUGAAUGUGUAACAGCCUAAUUAGGGCAAGUGUGAUGGAUUGUCUGUUCAAGUGUGUCAUUGUGUAGCUACAUUAAUUGUUUUCAAUUUGACAGGUAGUAAAGUGGGAGACCACAACCACAGAGCUGUCAUGCGUGACUGUUAACAUCCACGCUGUCAGUAAAAAACAGCCAGACAGGCUACAUUAUUAUAUCCAGGAACUGAUUUCCCACCUCCUGCUAUCAGUGUAGUUAUUUAAGUCUCUCAUCUCAUUCUUGUUAGAGUAGGUUAAACAUAUCCCCAUAUGCACCGCAGGCUCUUCUCUGCUUUGUCCCAAAGAGAGCACCAGCAGCUCUGCUUGCCUUUUGGUUGGUGGCAGAGCAGGAACAUGUGGUCAUGCAACGGCCAAUGCCGAGGCCUGAGCAGGCAAUCGGCGCUGUCAGAGCAGCAGCAGCAGCAGCAGCAGUGCUGGCACUGGAAAGGAACUCUGCAGAAAGAAACCCAUCUAAAAGAGACAGAGACAGGGAAAGAGGGAGGGGGGGUGGAUUUGAUUACAGACUGGAGGAUGAGGAUGCAGUGGAAAUGGCAUGUUGUAGAGGAAGAAAGAAGAAAACAAACAAGAGGACAGGCUGUUUGAUCAAGGUCUAAAGAUGUAGGAGCUGCAUCCGAGGAAGCAGGCAGUCAGUGUGUCUGUGAACGCACCAUCACAUCAGGGGACUUGUUGUGGUUCAAGGAUAGUGAAGGUGGAGAGGCGCAACCUGAGAAGUCCCCUCCCGCCACUUUCACAGAGGAUGACAGAUUAAUCCUUAUUCAGCAAGGAGCGAAGAAUCACCCCGAGGAUCAGAUGUUGUCCACGGCUCAGCAGAUGCUUCAGGAUAGCCGCUCUAAGAUUGAGCUGAUCCGACUGCAGAUUAUCAAAGUCGCCCAGGCUGGCAGCAGCAGCAGCAGCGGUGUUGAUGGUGGUGGAAACCCUAACAGCUCCACUCAUGGAGGGAUAUCUCCCCCUGCUGCGAGUCUCGUGGAUGCUCGCUUGGUAGAGUUGCAGCACUAUGUGCAGAGGGAGUCAGAUGCAUUGGUGCUGGCCAAAGAUGUGGUGAAGGAGCUUGAAGGGAUCUCAUCGUUGGACCAGAAGGCCCUGGCUGAGGCUCAGUUCCGGGUACAGGAAUCCUCCCAGAAACUGGGUCUUCUGCAGCUUUCCCUGGAGAAAUGCCUGAAGGAAAAAAACCAGGAGCCUCUACAGCAGCCUGCAGGAGGGGGACCUCUUUCUACCCAAAACCCCACUACUGGGUGUCCCCUUUCUACCUCGCCAUCCGUCCUCUCCAUCAGACCUGCCUCCUUAACCGGCAAACUUGAAGUCCGGCUUCUUGGAUGUGAGGAUUUACUGAAACCUCUGGCAGAUUCAGAGCGAGAAGACCAUCCAAACCCCGCAGAGACACCAGCUGCUCACAAACCAGACGGACCUCCAGAGAUCAGUGGCGUGCUCAGGCUGGACGGCAGAGUGGUCGGCCAGACGUGCUGGGCAGCCAUCAGCAGACUGAGCUGGGACCAGACGUUCUACAUCCAGCUGGAGCGGUCCCGGGAGCUGGAGGUCAGUGUCUUCUGGCGGGACCGGAGGGCGAUGUGUGCAGUCAAGUUCCUGCGACUGGAGGAGAUGAUGGACAACCCAAUCACCAACCAGGGGAUAACUUUAGAGCCACAGGGCCUCCUCUACACUAAGCUUCGGUUUAUUGACACUGUGCUCGAACGGCAGCCAAAGCUGAGACGUCAGCGGUGCAUCUUCACUAAAGAGAGAGGGAAGAACUUUCUCAGAGCAGCCCAGAUGAACAUGAACUUUGCCACCUGGGGUCAUCUGAUGAUGAGCAUCCUCCCUCGCUACAGCUCCUUCACCACAUUCAGCUCAUCUUUCUCUGCGACCCCUGACCUGGUGGCCAACAACGCGCCCCAUGCAACUGAAAAGGAGCCUCAAACUACCACUUCACUGCCAAGCGAAGCUCCAGUAAUCAGGCUGAGCAUCACUGAGGAUCAGCCCUCUCCCACCAUCCUGGACCAGGAAGAAAACACAGCUGGCAUCAUCAGUGCAGUGCACCGAACAUCAUCUGUGCCCGCACUGCAAGAAAAACCGUCCUCCAUAGAAGAAAGCGAAGAUCAGCCUGUGUCUGCUCUAAAGAUGCAGGUGGAAGAUUUUAAAUAUAUCUCAGUUCUUGGCAGAGGACACUUUGGGAAGGUCCUGCUGGCAGAGUUUAAGAAGACCGGAAAAUUGUACGCCGUCAAAGCUUUGAAGAAAAGAGACAUUGUUACUCGUGAUGAAGUGGACAGUCUUAUGAGCGAGAAGAGGAUCUUUGAGAUGAUCAACGCGUCCAGGCACCCGUUCCUCGUCAACCUCCACGGCUGCUUCCAGACCAGCGACCAUGUCUGCUUCGUCAUGGAGUAUUUACCCGGUGGUGACCUCAUGAUCCACAUCCACAAUGAUGUGUUUACCGAGGCUCAGACCAGGUUUUACUCAGCAUGUGUCCUGCUUGGUUUAGAGUUUCUGCAUCUGAAUAAAAUCAUCUAUCGAGAUCUGAAGCUGGACAACCUGUUAAUGGAUGCAGAUGGAUUUGUGAAAAUCACAGACUUUGGACUUUGUAAAGAAGGGAUGGGACACGGCGAUCGGACCUCAACUUUCUGUGGGACUCCUGAGUUUCUUGCUCCUGAAGUCCUGACAGACGACAACUAUACGCGAGCAGUGGAUUGGUGGGGGAUGGGCGUCCUCAUCUACGAAAUGCUUGUUGGAGAGUCUCCAUUCCCUGGUGAAGAUGAGGAGGAGGUGUUUGACAGCAUCGUUAAUGAUGACGUGCAGUAUCCAACCUGCAUUCCUCCUGAUGCUGUCUCCAUCAUCCAGAAGCUGCUGAAGAAGAAUCCACUGAAAAGGCUCGGAGCUGGAGAGAGGGACGCAAACGAGGUCAAAGGAGAGAAAUUCUUUGAGACCAUCGACUGGGAAGCCCUGCUAGCGAAGAAAGUAACGCCGCCCUUCCUGCCGUCGAUCAAGGAGCCCACUGAUGUCAGCAACUUCGACAGCGAGUUCACUCGACUCCAGCCAACCCUGUCGCCUCCCUCCAAGCCCUUCAGCCUCUCCGCCGAGCAGCAGGAAGCGUUCGCGGACUUUGACUUUUGCGCCUUGCAUGGGUGAAAAUUAAACUGACACGACCGCAGGGGUAAAUUACAACCAGAAUGUCCAAGUUAGUGUCCGCACUGGCAGGUAACCCACAUUUAUCAUAACCACAACCCUCCUAUGGCAAGCUACUUUAUUUAUAUAUUUUUAGAUGAAAAGCAAGAACAAUGACAGGACUUUUAUAUUUUUAUAUUUUGGUCUGCUGUUGUGUUAGUUGAUUGGUUAAUCAGCCAAUCAUUAAAACUGAUCAGUUUUGAGUCCUUUAAAGAGUACAGAAGUGAAACAUUUGCAGAUUAUAACUACAGCUGUGAGGAUUACAUUCCUUUUACCAUUUAAUUUCAAUCCCUUUUUAAGGCCUGACUUUAGACUUGUGAUUGCCAGUGGCCUGUGAUUGAUACCUUUUGACAGCUUAGAGAUUGUAAAUAAAAACUACAAAAAAACGAAUAAGUAGGUUAAACGAAUAGUUCAAUAUUUUGAGAAAUAAGUGCAGAGGCUCAGACAGUGAUAUCAGUCGAUUUUGAGACUCUGCACUUUACAGAUUUGCACUUUAUUUUACGCCGGACUGAUGAGACUUAACGAGAUGGCAGUAAGUUCAAAUCGUUCCCUGUGAGUCCCAAGGCUUCCAUUUGUCAUCCAUUCUGUUCAAAUCUUCUUUGGAUUGAAUUUUAAGGCAUGCACAAAGGGAGGAGGGUGUAAGCAUAUCAGUCUCAGGAUCAUGUCUCUGCUUUUAGUCCAUGAUAUGGCCCCUCUGGCUUCAUCAGGUGAUGAUCUCCAGCUUGCUCCUAGACCUGAAAAUUAGACCUUAGUUUUGCGGGUUGAAAUGCCCCAAGUGGACUUUUUUGUUUGUCUGGGAAUUAUUCACGAGUGGAGUGUGUGCAGCAAUGCAGAUACUGUACCGGUAUGUUGUGGUUGAGCUACGGCUCACCUAUGGCCACGAGCUCUGUGUAGUGACUGAAAGAAUGAGAUCACAGAUACAAGCAGCUCAAAUGAGCUACUUUCAAAGGGUGUCUGGGCUCAGCCUUAGAUAUACAGUGAGGAGUUUAGUCAUUCAGGAGCAGCUUAGAGUAGAGCCAUUACUCCUCCACAUGGAAAGGAGCCAGGUGAGGUGGUUUGGGAAUCUGACCAGGAUGCUUCUUCAACACAUCCUAGUUGAGGUAUUUUAGGAAUGUCUAACUAGGAGGAGACCCUGGAGCAGACCCAGGACAGGCUGGAGGGAUUAAAUCGCUUGGCUGGCUUAGGACUUGCCUUGGUGUCCCCCCAGAAGAUCUAAAGGAAAAGGUUUAGACUGCUGGCUGGCUGGCUGGCUGGCUGGCUGGCUGGAUGGAUGGAUGGAUGGAUGGAUGGAUGGAUGGAUGGAUGGAUGGGUGGGUGGGUGGGUGGAUGGAUGUCAAAUCCCUUCCAGCCUGGAUGUUGUUGUGAAGUCUGUAAAUGUGAUAUAAUUAUCUGAUCAGAUACAGGUCAUAACUCAUGGAUGGUUGUCCAUGGUUGCCAAUGUCCAUACUCAUAUUAUGAGUAUUUAUUUUCUCGUCUUAUUAGUGUGCCAUAAAAUAAAGUGUGAGCAUAAAUCUUGCUUGAUUCCAGCUCAAUGAAAGUUUCCCAGCCUGUCUUGAUGCUGACUCUAAAUGUUUCCGCAGCUCCAUCAUGUUCAAACCUAUCCCAUGGCUAAAAACGCUGACUGUUCACGCUGUCAUUGAUCUGACAGCACAACAAAGAUAAAUAAAUAACCAGGCAGCAUCAUUUUUUGUGUUUCUGACUGAGCAAACAAAGUGAUAAUGACCCUUUAUAAUCUCUGCAGAGAGUCAAAGUUUGCCCGGACCGCCAGCCUGCUCACACCUCCUCCUCCUGUUAGUUUAUUUUGGAGAUCUGGUGAAAGGUUGAAACAAAUCUGAUAGAGUCAGACACGGGAUGCUUGAAGAGUCUAUACCUUUAUCACCUUUAAAUAAAUCAAAAACAGGAGGUUCAAAAUAUAGUUCUGAAUUUACAGUAGCUAAACUCUGAUAAUAGAUUUUCAUUUAAACUGUUGAGAGAAAUGCUGAACUACAAAUAUCCUGGCUUGUAUCAACUAAGCCCUCACAUGUUGUUAUUACGACUUCACCUCAUGUCGUUGUUAUUUCCUCUGCGACACUACACGGUUUUUCCUUUAGUGGGUACGUCAGAGGGUUGUGCAUAAAACUAAGCAUGUGCAGCUGCCUGCUGUGGCGAUCCCUUGUGAAGUAGCUUUCUUUUACACUAAGUGGUUUUUGUAAAUUUGGGUUCCUUCAUGUUUAUUUAUAAAUGAAUGAAGUGAAUAACUGUCACACACUUCCUCAACUGUUCAUUCUCACUUGAUCGUGCAUCAGUGCCAAGCAAUUACCACAUGCAUGAAAGAGGAAAUGUCUCAUGUAUGAUGACAUGAUAUCACACAAGCAUGAUGAUAUCACACAGGAAAGCUACAAAGAGGAAGACAGCAGCGCUUUGCAGUAACUUACACAAAAACACUGAAGAAGACUCAAAUCAAAUCGACAGCCUGAAAAUUAACCAAAGUUUUAAAAAAUGUGUUUGAGCAGCAGAUAGAUCCCAUCUAAACUUUAUUAAAAUUAGUAAAAAGGAACACCAGAUUAUAUAUAUAUAGGAAAAUCAUCAAUUUCUCAUCUCUGAAAAUGUCCCAUGGAUAUCUCUAGUACUUAUAAAGUUUGAAGUGGGCCUGUAAAUGUGGACAUCAUUAUUAAACAAUCAGCUGAUUCUGAAGGGGUCAGGUGGGAUUACCUCCUGGUUCUUCCUGAUGCAUAUUUAUCAUAAAUGUGCUUUCAGUUUGAUUAUGUCCACUCAGAUGAUAACAUGGAUAAACCUGGGAGCAUAAAGUCAUCUUUAUAGCCUCUUCAAGCCUCCUGUGCGCUGGCGACAGAUGGAGCUCGCUUUGUGGCCUUUGCUUAUUAUUUUCUUCUCCUGCAGAGGUUCAGUAUGUGCUGCCGUCUCUAUGCAUCACUGUGACAGGCUUUGCCCACUGCCUUGACCAAACAGAUGAAACAAGCUACUCUGACUUCUGGUUUCAAAACCUUUAAAAAAAAAAGUGUUAAUUUCAGUCCAACGUGUGUGAAGUCAUUCCUUCGUCUCUGUUACAGCAGUAGGAAGCGCAUGGCACCGUGGUUACUCGUGCACUAGAAAAUCCUGUAAUCACUAGCAGUAUAAAAGAAGCCAUAGAUAACCUAUUAUAGCCAUACUAGUGAUAAAGUAUCUGUAUUUUGAAUUUAGUGACUCAUAUUCAGUGAGCUCUACUGAUAUCAAGGCAAUAAAAAAUAAAAAGAGGAGGAAAAAGCCCUGAUUUUGUUCACGUGCUCCUAGAAAUCCUGGAAUUUGCCUGCAGCUGUUGACAAGCUGGGGUUCAGAUGAGGCCUGGGGCUUUAAAGAGUAACUUAACACUAAAUCCAUCGUUCGAUCAGCAGCAUUUCAUAUUCAGUCAUGUUUACUGUACAGCUCAUUGAUUCGGUUUCAGAAACAUAUUGACGGCCUAAGCAUGAGACAUCCAUGAAUAUUGUUCUCUGGGCUAAAUCUGGUCAGUGUGUUACAGGCUUAAAAAGACUGACAUCCAAUAAAGUGAAAGUUGAAAUGCUGUCUUUUCAGGCUAUUACAAAGACUUGAAUUCACAGUCACAGUUACUGAGGCUAAAAUCCAGUCGAAUUAGAUUCAGAAGUGAGGAGCAGAUUACUCUAGCAAGCUCUCAAAACUGGAUACAAGCCAUUAAUUUGAGCAAUUCACUGACAUAAUUAGAAGUUUACCAACAUGAUGAAUUUCAGAGGAUUUUCUCCUGAUUUGUUUUUUUUUUUUUCAAUAAGGAAAGUCAAAGUUACAACUUCAAACCUUCAGAGCUUCUUUAUCACAUUUUUAUUGUAAAACACCAGAUAAUUACAAAGAUACUUAUUAUGACGCACUGAAGGGGCUUUGUGUCAUGUUCAAGGCUUGAGUCAGGACCUAAAUGCGAGCAAGAGAGGAAAUGAAUAAAUCAAGAGGGCGUAUUUAUUUAUAACAUUAAGGAAAAAGGUUGGGUGUGGACUCAAACCCAGGCCCCUGUUGUAGCCUUUGGCAUAUAGGUCACAACUGGAGUUAAAGUCCACAAUAAAGAUAAAUCUGUAUCACUGCAUCAACUUUGCACUGGAGGGGCUGCUUUCCCUCUUUCAAAUAUUCUUUUGCAGUUAUCUACCCAUGGCACACACCAUUUUGAUCAUAUAAAGGGAUGUAUUCAGGGUGUUAUGUUGCUCUUUAACAGCUCUAAAGGCCACCUCUGAGCAGGACACUGAACGCUGCACUUGCUGUCAGCUAAUUUAAGAAACCAUAGCAGGGCAGUCAGGUGGUUUAACUGUUGUGGCACUUUAAGUUUAUGCUGCUGAAUAUUACAUGUUACUUCUGUGUCAGUACUGUAUGUAUUUAUGUACUCUAUGUAUGUACGUGAAUCCUGACAGGGAAUGUCAGUGUGUACAGAUGUACUCUAUAACGAUAUGCAUAUCAUCCGUGUUUUAAUGUACUCUUUGUUGUCAAUAAAUACAAACAGAACAUUACAGUAAGAACUUGGUAAAAAAUGAACUUACUCACAUCAGUUUACAGGCAGCUACCAAACAUCAGCAGGUUUAAAGGCAGUUAGUGUAAAUAAUGUGGGGUCACCACUCUCAUCACUUAACAACAGAAACCUUCACAGCAGGGAUGUCAAACUUAUUUAAACUUUAAACGCUCCCUUCUGUCAGCAUUACGAAUUUCACACAUGGACCAGAUUGGAGUCUUUGCCGAGCCAAUUCUGGCCCCCAGGCCUUAUGUUUGACAACCCUGCUUUACAGAGAGCAGUGACCAAACCUGAGUGUUUCAAUCACAUGUAGUGCUUAUUUUUAUCUUUUCUUUUGAUCAACUUUAAAAAACAAAACAAAACAACAACUUAUGUGCCACUUGUAUACUGUUUGACAUUUUAAACACCACCAAACUUCAAGGCAAGAAAGCUCAGUUUGACAUUCAGAAAUACUAAACAUGGAUCUGCUUUUCCCCUCUUUUCCUUUUUCUGACUGAAGAGUCAAAUAUAACUGAGAGCCAAAAGCUGAGAUUUCAGA